UGCCCUCGGCGGGCUGCGCAGAGCGCGAGGGCAAGUCGGGGACGGGCAUGCCGGGGGCCCCUCCGGCUGCAGCCGCCACUGGUGCGCGCCGCUGACGCGCGGAGAUGAAAUUCCCAGGCUUGGUGCUGGUGUUCGUGUUUCUGUUCGUGGCCGAGAUGACUAUAGCGCUCUACCUGAGUAGCACCUACCGCUCGGCCGGGGACCGCAUAUGGCAGGCGCUGACUUUGCUUUUCUCGCUGCUGCCCUGUGCGCUCGUGCAGCUCACGCUCCUUUUCGUGCACCGCGAUUUCAGCCGCGACCGGCCCCUCGUGCUGCUGCUGCACGUCCUGCAACUCGGGCCACUCUUCAGGUGUUUUGAAGUCUUCUGCAUCUAUUUUCAGUCAGGCCAUAUUGAAGAGCCUUAUGUCAGCAUCACCAGGAAGUGGCAGAUGCCCAAAAAUGGCCUCUCAGAGGAAAUUGAGAAGGAGGUGGGCCAGGCAGAGGGCAAGCUGUGUACCCACCGAUCUGCAUUCAACCGGGCAUCGGUGAUCCAGGCUUUCCUGGGCUCAGCCCCGCAACUGACCCUUCAGCUGUAUAUAAGCAUCUUGCAGCAGGACGUUACUGCCGAAAGAAGCGUCUUCAUGACUGUAUCCUUGUUGUCCAUUGUGUAUGGAGCCUUGUGCUGCAACAUCCUAGCCAUCAAGAUCAAGUAUGAUGAAUAUAAGGUCAAAGUGAAGCCUCUGGCCUAUGUCUGCAUCUUCCUCUGGAGGAGCUUUGAGAUUGCCACUCGAGUCGUGGUUCUGGUCCUCUUCACCUCUGUCCUGAAGGUCUGGGUGGUGGUCAUCGUACUCAUAAACUUCUUGAGCUUCUUCGUGUAUCCUUGGGUCCUCUUCUGGUGCAGUGGCUCCCCCUUCCCUGAGAACAUCGAGGAGGCUCUCAGUCGGGUAAGCACCACUGUUGUGUUAUGCUUCCUCACCUUACUCUAUGCUGGCAUCAACGUGUUCUGCUGGUCAGCUGUACAGCUGAAAAUCAACAACCCUGACCUCAUCAGCAAGUCCCAGAACUGGUACCAGCUGCUGGUGUACUACAUGCUGAGAUUCAUUGAGAAUGCCUUACUCCUCCUCAUGUGGUAUCUUUUCAAGACUGACAUCUAUAUGUAUGUGUGUACGCCCCUGUUGAUCCUGCAGCUGCUUAUUGGGUAUUGUGCAGCCGUUGUCUUCAUGCUUGUGUUCUAUGAAUUCUUCCACCCUUGCAAAAGGCUCUUUUCCACCAGUGUUUCUGAAGCCUUACAGGUAUGGCUCAGGCGUGUCUGCUGGGUCUGCAGGUGACGUAAAUCCCAGGAGUUGGCAGAAAAAUCAGACCUGAGGUCACCCAGAGACAGAGACAAGACACCUUCCAGUAGUAAAAUUAGUUCUAUGCCCAGCCAGAGUUUGAACCCCAGUGAGUUAUGCUCUGCUUAACAGAACCUGGGGUCUCUUGUGGCACAGGCAUCUUGUUUUCAGGGUUGAUUCCUGUUCUUCAUACAAGUAAUGAGCCCUGCACAGGUGAGCUUGUGAGCUGCUCCCUUUUAUAGAGCUCUUGGGUGUGUGAGAACCGUGAGGAGAAGCCAGAGAAGCUGAGUGUUGUAGGAGUUAGUGCACGGCACCACAACUCAUGAAUUACCAUGUUCUUUCAAGCAGUAUUUCAAGCAGUAUGGCAUUUUUCAUUGACAGAGUAACAUAGACUGUUUUCACUCUGCCAGACAUUAAUCCAUGAAGUCUAAAUUGGGCUGAUUAGAUCCAUCAGGUAGAAGAAGGAGAGGGGCUUUCUUGUUUUCAAGUUUCCUAGACUCUGGUCUGGGUAGCCUGACGAUUUAGCAUCCCUGAGCAUAGUUUUCACCAAAGAGCUAACCUGAUGAUCAGAGAAGGUUACUGAGGUUUUGCCAUCAGCACAGCAUCAUUCCUGUCAGAGUUUACAGGGAGGGCUGUUCAAGUGUGGUUUUUGAAUAGAUAGAUGACCCAUUUUCAUCUCAUCAGGGCCCUUUGCAUGUAACCAACUGUAACCACCUUGGCAUGCCAUCUCUGAGAUUCAAUUGAUCAAAGAGCCUUGAUUUGGAGACUUUAUUCCCCAGGAAACAUGGAUGCCAAAUUGAAUUCUCAUUUGGUUAUGGAAGCCCUAAAAUUUUAGGAAAGUUAUAUUAGAUAUAUUAAAAAAAUUCUGAAUUAGGAGGGUUGUUAAAAUGUCAAAAUAAUUCACAGAGGGAAGUUUAAAAUUUUUCCUUGGAGGAUUCUAUAAGCAGAAUUCUUACUUUCUCAGAAUGGUUAAAGAUGUGACUGUUAGAAAGAAGACUUAAACCUUCUCAAGGUUCAGGCCUGUCUUGCAAUUCUGGGAAAUUUCUCAUGGAACUGUCCAGAAUUUGUUUUCCUUGAAAAUCAGGAAAUAAAACUUAUGGUCUUCACUUCCCCCUUUCUUACCUGCCAGGAAAGUUUUCAAAAAGAGUUAUCUUGAUUGACUUAAGUUUUUUUCAGGAAAUCCCUACAGAAAUCUCUCACCUAUUGCAGGUAUAUAGGACAUUUUAAUUUUUAAUAAUUGAAGGAAAAGAUUUGUCUGCUCCUCUCCUCCCAGACCCAACGCCCCAGUUAGAGAAUGACUUCAGAAACUUUUUUAAAUCAUAGAAAGAGGUGAAAUAAAUGGAAAGUUUUUGUGUUUCCUUCAAUGCAUUUUCAUUUGGCAUGAUUAUGAGUUAUUUUGAACAAAAUCUCCAGUUUUAUCCUCCUACACCUUCCUAUCAUAUGUAUAAUUUCUCCUUGCAUCUGGAAUCCUAUUUUUUUUCAUUAAAGGGGAUAGUGUACCACAUCCUCAUUUGUCUUGGAAAAAUGUUUGGAUAGACUGCCAUUAUUUCUACAGUUAAAACCUUGACAGUGAAAUAUUUGAAAACAGUUGACCAUUAAUAUCACACUAUGAUUUAAAAAGAGGAUUGGAGCGAAAUCUGAAAAGUUUCCACUGGAGGCUCCAAUGAUAGGCUUUAUUAUUACCAGGAUGGAAUAGGGAUCUACUUCCCUGACUGUAUUAAAUCCCAAAACUUAUUUAUCUGGCCAUCUCACUUCUGGUAAUUUCCCCUUUUAUUCUUGUUAGUUUUGAAUUUAUAAGCAAGUUCAUACAUAUAAAUGAAAAUGCAAGUUGAUCAAUUUCCAUUACAUUCAGGGAUCAAUGAAGGAGUAAAUAUUAUUUUCCCAGGGCACACAUAUGGCUUAAUAUUUUUGUACAGUUCCAUAGAAAAGUAUCUAUAAGCUCCAAAGCCUGAAUUUUAUUUUUGUAUGUUUUUCCUUAUUUGAAAUUCACUUCAUCUGUCAAUAUUUGUGGUUUAGUUUUGUGGGGACAUCCAGGCAACAGAUAAUUUUUCGGUCUUUUUUCACCCAAUAAGAAUAAAACUCAGGAUUGCCUACAUUCUCCCUGUUCGCACAUUGUCAAUUACAUGCCCUAUUUUUAAUAGGUCUGAAAUAUCAGUGAAUGUGCAUAAUCAAAAGGAUACUUCAUUCAACUUAUGCUCUACACAAAAGUAUAUAUUCACAUAUGUGCAAAGAUACACACUUGUAAUGCACAAAAACACCCUUGAAACUAUGUAGCAACUAUGAAUAAAAUAAAGCUAAGAUGUUAGAUCAUCCUUGUUGGGUUGUUUCUUAAUUAACUAAAGGGUUUGAUAAUUAUUAGGAGAGGAGCUAAGUCAUCCCAAGUGUUUCUUUAUGUCAAACCAAUUAGCUGUGUUCAUUGACACCAGACAUUUUCAAGCUCUCUUAUGAGAAAGAUAUUCUUGCCUUGAAGCUUUACGAUGACUGAUGUAAGGGGUUAUGGUGCCCCUUCUCCACUUGAAAUGCAUUCAAUUCAUGCUCUGGGGGUGAGAAGUAGGGACAGCCACCCACCUGUCACUAACGAGGGUGGGCAUUGCAGAUGAAUCAGUGCUGGAUCCCUAAUGGCUGAAUUUUCUGGCCCAUCCUGUGCUCUAGCAGCCAGUCUGUCAGAGGAUAGGUGAAAAAUGCUGCCUUUGAGCAGGAAUUCUUGGUCAGAUUUAGACAGGAAUGGGGAGACUGGUUUUUCCCAGCUUCUGGUUCUUCCCAGCCUUGGUUUAGAAGCCUGUCUCAGGAGCCAUUACAAAAUCUGAACCUCCCAAUACAUUUUAAAUCACUUUAAUGCAGAAGAAAGAUGAGCAUCUUGAGUUACCCCAAACCAAACUAACAGUGAUGAUCUGUCAGAUUCCCAAAGCCCAAUCCAUACAUUUAUAACAACAGAAAGGUUUGGUAACUUAAUUGGAUAGUUUGUCAGUUUUAACCCUUGAUAUACAGUUACCCAAACUUUGGGGACAUGUAUCUCCAUUCACUUUGGGGGAGAAAAAAACACUGCUUUUUUUUCUGCAAAAAGUCAUGGUGAACUGAGGAUUUUUGUUUUAAAAUUUUUUAUAUUAUAACUCAGAAAUGGCAGAAUUACAGUUCAGACUGCAAAGCUGUGUUGUCCAAAAGACAAACAAACCAGCAAAUUCCCUCAUACAUUAGGAGUUAAAAUGUGUAUUUCUGUUAUAAUUCCAAUUAUUAAAAAUCUCUGUGCUUUGUCUAAUUAAUGACAUGCCAUAACUUGUCAAUACAGCUCUCCAACUAAAUCUCUGUCAUUUGGCUGGGUAGGAGUGAACUAUUUCCUCAAGAUAUAUUGAAAUAAAUACCGUAAAAAAUUUCUAGACUUUUUCAUUAGUGGUGACAAUCCAGUAUAGAGAUUGAUAUUUCCUUCUCCAGCCCUACAAGUUAUUUAAUUGCUCUAUGCCUCAGUUUCGUCACCCAACAUAUUUGGAUGAUAUACUUUCCCAGCUUCCCUCAUAGGUUGUUGGAAAGAUAACUAAUAGGUGUGAAAAUGCUUUGAAGAUAUUUUUAAGUGCCAUGCAUAUUUAAGAAGUUAUUACAGUUCUUCAAAUUCAUAAGCAGGUUACUAUAUUUAUUUUUUACUCUUAAAAAAGAAACUAGUAGUGUCAUCCACUUGAGUGUCUUGAGUGGAUACUUGGGCCUUUGGCCUUAUGGAAGAGCAAGAGUAAACUGUUUUAAUUUUUGGAGAGAACUCAGCAGUUGUGUCUUCUCUUACCACCAGUUAUUUCCAAAAGCUAAUGCCCAAACACACUGUAGUUGGAGGAAAAAGAUCCGCUGAAAUCAGAGAAAGUGCUUCUGAUGGCAAAUGAGUUUAUCAUGUUUGUAUUGUCUUGUGUAAAAGUGACACAGCAGUAUCUUUGGAUAAUUGUGCUUUGCCUCUUGAAUCCCUGGUCCUGCUAGACUUUAAAUGACUGGUUUUAAUCUUUUCUGCCUUGUAAAUGGGAAAAUAAAUGUUAAAAUUGAUUGUCAAUGCAGCAUUUCCUUGGAAACCACCUUAGGACAUUAGCACUAUGAUUAUGAGUGUGUGUGUCCAUUCUUCUCAGCCAAUAAAUUGUAGAUGUGAGUUUUACUGGCUGCUUCUCUGCAGUCAAUUGUCUCUAAUAAAUAUUGUUUAUGUUUCUUCA